AUGAUGAAUUCUAUGGUUGGCAACAAUUCAAGACAUAAAAGGAGGAACGAAAAGACUGAAGAAAGUGAAGCUAGUAGUUCCCAAGUAAAAGUGCCAAAAAUAAACUCGGAGGUCGAAAAGGUUGAAGAACAUGAUGAAGAUGAAUUUGAUCUCACAUUAUUACCUUUUCCAACAAACUCGACCAAAUCAGCUACUCAACGUAUUUAUAAGGAAUUGAGAAUGAUUAUACAUAACCAGGAAUCACCAUCUAACGCUAGUGAUUUGGGAUUUUACGUAAAUCUUGACAGGUUGCGUUCGGUCUACCAAUGGGUCGUGCAACUCAAAAACUUUGAUCCGACUAUUCCGCUGGCUCAAGAUAUGGCAAGGCACAAAGUUAAAAGCAUUGAUUUGGAAGUUCGCUUUGCUCCAGAUUAUCCUAACUUACCCCCAUACAUUCGUGUAAUUCGUCCAAGACUUCUUCGAUUCAUGAAUGGUGGUGGUGGUCAUGUUACAGUUGGAGGAUCAAUUUGUAUGGAUUUGUUAACAAUGGGCAACUCUCGUGAUCGAGGAUGGUCUCCUGAAUAUUCGAUGGAGGCAGUUUUGUUACAGGUCAAAUUGGCGUUAAGCACUUUAAAUCCUCCUGCAAGACUUGACCGAAAUUGGAGGAAUGAAUAUAGUCCAGCUGAGGCAAUGAGUGCUUACAUUAGAGUUGCCAAUCAACAUGGAUGGGGAGUUCCACCCCAUUGGGAUACUUUAUUUAAAAGCUAA